CCAGCAGUGUGUCUGGUACCUCCGAAGGAGCUCCGGAAUGUUUCCUAAUGAAAUGACGGGGUUGGCGUGUGCUGUAGAAUUCAUUGCUGUUUUGAAACUUGGUAAAACGUGUCCAGUCUGGGGACAGGACUGAGUGCGAGGAGAGGGAGUGAGUGCGAGCAUGCCCAUGCGUCCCCCGUGUGUGGGAAUGCAGUGGCCGGGGGAUGGGGGAUGUCAUUCCGGAAUAUGGUCCUGGCCUCAGGAGCCGCCGAGGGCUCACACUUAGGGAAACUGUAGCGCGGUUGGCACAAAAACCCAAGCCAAUGGGUUUAAAUAGCGAUAUUUAUUUUGUAGAUGAGAAGCCUCAAGGAGGGCCACACCAGAGCUGUCUAGUCCACUGUUGGGGGGUACCCCAAGUGCCCAGGCUCGCUCUUCCUGCUCUGCCGUAAUGCAGCCGCAGAAGCCCUGGUCCGGCAGAGGAGAGAACCAGGAAAGCGCUUCCAGAAGCACCCCGACGAGCCCCUCUCGCGUUUCCGUGACCAGCUGUGGGUCAGAGGCCGAUGGCCCGCCUGGCCACUGGCGAGUGUGUGGCCGGUUUGCUCUGAGCUGGGGGCGGGUCACUGCCCAAGGAGGUGAACAGAAUCGGAAUUCUGCUCGAGAGCAGCGAGGGACGAGAGCAUGCUGCUUAGACAGGUGACGGCACCUGCCUGGAAGCCUGGCCCAGACCCCAGGAUGAAGGCUCAGUGAGGCCCUUUCCCUCCUCACUACAGCGAAUUGCUUCAAGUCCAAGUGAGGAACCCUUUCCUCUUCUUCGUCCACAGGUAUGCCCUGACCACAGCGGCCCUGCAGGAGCUUGGCGCAGAGCCACUGGGCUGCCCUUCAAGGGUGGGGCCCCAGCGACAUGCCACUCUUCCUGCACGAGCUCAGCGGGGCCACGUGUCUGCGGACGGGACCCUGAGGGAGCCCGACACCAGAGCCUGGACCCAGAGGAGGCCCGGGAGGGUUCAUCCAGGUUCUACAAAGACUAAGAAACUGACACAUCCGGAUGGCUACCCCCAGCAGGAGGGUGGCCUCCCGACCCCAGGGGCCUGGCCAGGGGCUGAAGGGGAAGCGGGCCUCGCUGGGUCCCCUGGACAACCUGGAGCAGGAGCCCCAGGAGCAGGUGCCAGGCCAGCUGGCCAUGCUGAGGAAGGCACAGGAAUUCUUCCAGACCUGUGAUGCUGAAGGCAAGGGCUUCAUCGCCAGGAGGGACAUGCAGAGGUUCCAGAAGGAGUUGCCCCUCACCCUGGAGGAACUGGAGGAUGUGUUUGAUGCCCUGGAUGCGGAUGGCAAUGGCUUUCUGACCCCAGAGGAGUUCGCUACUGGAUUUAGUCAUUUCUUCAGCCAGAGUUACCUGAGUCAGGAAGACGCAGGUGAGCAGGUGGCCCAGCGCCAAGAGGAGAAGGUGUACCAGUCCCAAGGGGACGAGGAGCUGGGAAGCAUGGGCGAGGACGAGGAGGCUCAGUUCCAGGUGCUGAUGGAGGAGCUCGGAGCCAGGAGAGUUUUGGAAGACGAAAACGACGUUAAGCAACUCUGGCUGCAGCUGAAGAAGGACGAGCCUCACUUACUGUCCAACUUCGAGGACUUUCUGACCAGGAUCAUCUCCCAGCUCCAAGAAGCCCACAAGGAGAAGAGCGAGCUGGAGUGUGCCCUGAAAAGGAAAAUCGCUGCUUACGAUGAGGAAAUCCAGCGCCUCUAUGAGGAGAUGGAACAGCAAAUCAAACGUGAGAAGGAGCAGUUCCUCCUGAAAGACACGUCGAAAAAAAAGGCCCGCAGUCAGGAGCUGGAGCAGAAGCUGUCGAGCAAGGAGCGGGAGCUGGAGCAGCUCAUCCAGGAGCGGAAGCGGCUGGAGGGCCAGUGCGCCGCACUGCAUAACGACACGCGUGAAACCAAGACCGAGAAUGCCAGGCUGAAACUCACUAACCAGGAGCUGGCCCGAGAGCUGGAGCGGAUCUCCCAGGAGCUCCAGGAUACUCAGCAGCAGCUGGAGAGCCACCAGCAAGAGGUCUGCAGGCUGCACCAGGAGAAGGAGAUGGAAGUGUACCGUGUGACGGAGAGUCUGCAGCGGGAGAAGUCGGGCCUCCUGAAGCAGCUGGACUUCCUGAGGGAAAGAAACAAGCACCUUCGGGACGAGCAGGACAUGCGUUUCCAGAAAGAGAUGGUGGCCACAGCGGCCACCGCUGUGCCCAAGGCAAGCUGGAAACGGAGAUCGGGCUCUGUGAUCGGCAAGUACGUGGACGGCAGAGGGGUUCUUAGAAGCCAGUCAGAGGAGGAAGAAGAUGUGUUUGGCAUCCCCAGGAGAAGAAGCUCCCUGGGCCUGAGUGGAUAUCCCCUUGCAGAAGAAGAUCCAGGACCUGGGGAGCCAGGAGCAGGGGGCCUGCCCACCCGGCCACUCCGCAGAAUCAUUUCCAUUGAAGAAGACCCCCUGCCCCAGCUCCUGCAAGGUGCCUCAGAGCAGCCACUGAGCAGAUGCCCAGAAGAGGAGGAGCCCUCUGACCAGGGCGUGGCAGGACACAUGCAGCAGACUGUUCCUGGGGAAGUCACCUCCGCUUCUUCCCGAGGCCAACCUGUUGGAACAGAAGCCCUGGCUACGGAGAACAGCUGUCCCUCCACCCCAGACCGGCUCUUCAAGAUCGUGCUUGUGGGCGACUCCGCGGUGGGCAAGACGUCCUUCCUGCGGAGGUUCUGCGAGGACCGGUUCUCCUCAGGCAUGGCCGCCACUGUGGGCAUCGAUUACCGUGUGAAGACUGUGGACGUGGACGGCUCGCGGGUGGCCCUGCAGCUGUGGGAUACGGCUGGGCAGGAGAGGUACCGCUGCAUCACCCAGCAGUUCUUCAGGAAGGCCGACGGCGUCAUCGUCAUGUACGACCUCACGGCCAAGCAGUCGUUCGUGUCCGUCCGCUGGUGGCUGAGCAGCGUGGAGGAAGCGGUGGGAGACCACGUUCCUGUUCUUCUGCUGGGCAAUAAACUUGACAACGAGAAGGAGCGGGAAGUCCCCCACGGCCUUGGAGAGCAGCUGGCCAAGGAGAGCAGCCUGAUCUUCUAUGAGUGCAGCGCCUACUCCGGCCACAACACCUCGGAGUGCCUGCUCCACCUGGCCAGAUUCCUCAAGGAGCAGGAGGACACAGCGAGGGAGGACGUCAUUCAGGGGGGCCGCCUGGCCAAGAAGAAGCCCUGCUGCAGCUGACCGGAGGCCCCAGGACGGCUCCCAGCAGCCUGAGGAGCACUGCGGUUGCCAUGGCAACUGUGCGGCUGAGGUGCUGCCCCCUGCAGGCUGCCACUUGGGCACUGCCAGGCGGUCAGUCUUGCCUGGGCGCCUGUUCUCCAGGGACACCGGGGUGCCUUCAGCCCCUGCUUCAUGGACCUGAGAUGCCCGAGGAGUGCGAGGACUUCCCGGGGCACCCUCCCCCUACUUCCUGUCCCCAGGGCUUGGCUCCUUCCCCCACCCCAGGCUGCAGGACCCCGUGGUUGUCUGGGCCCCCAGCCUGGCCUCCCCUCCUGCACCUGCAGCCCUGCCUGGAAGGUGGUCUGUGGGUGAUAAACGGGUGCCCAGGGUUAGGGGGUUACUUCCUUCCUCGCUUUGACUAAGAGAGGAAGAGAAGAAAACUGGAGGGAAGCCAUCUGGUGCUAAGCCGAGCGGCCGUUUCUGGAGAGUAUAAAUAAAGGUAUAUAUAGCUCCAUAAAGACCCUUUCUAAAUGUUUCUCAGAAUAGCUCUUAGGCGAUGAUCGGCGGGGUAGAUUGACAGGCAGGCAGCAGGGCUCCGCACGAGGCCCUUGGUCGCCCACGUCGUGUGUUUGACGCUGUCCCCGUAGACGGCGUAUAGAAACGCAGCGUGGCUGUGAUCCGGCGUCGCGCUGGCUGACGAGAGCAGGUUUGCUGGCUUAGCACCCCUGGGGCCACGGCAGCAAGGGCGCUGGGAUGAGAGAGCGACUGGGCCCCGGGGCUCCUCUGUUGGGCCUGGCGCACCCCCAUCCAGCUGCCCAUCACUGGCUGGCCGGGGCUCUCUUGCCCUGAGUGGAUGGGCACAUCACAGGAUCACCGCAGUGACAAUUCUAGAGUUGUUCUAGACCCAGGCUCCUGCAGGGAAGUGGGCGGGCCAUGCCCAGGGAGAGGCACUGUCCCCAAGCCUCUAAGAACCCAGCUGAAGGCACCCCUGCACGGCCACAUGGACAGGGGAGAACCCACUGG